CUAAACACCAGCUAGUCCACUACCGCAACCUGAUGGACACCAAAACACUCUAACGGUCCGCAGCGCUCAGACUCUCUCUCAUUUGUUCCGGACAGCCAGUGGACUUAUGUCUGCAUAUGAAGUUACAGCACAUGCUUGGUAGUAUGUAAAAAGUUCUUAUUAGAUACUGACGAUAAAGAGGAAGGCUGUAGGGAGAGGACGCAAGGACGCAGCUUUCCGUUAACUCCGUUACAACGCGCAACGGCGGCACCAUGAGCGUCCCGCUUUACGCACCGACUCCCAUCCAGCCGGCUCACCCGACACCAUUCUACAUCGACGACAUUCUGGGGAGGACUGCCACCACCACCACCUCCUCACCCUCUUCCUCCUCCUCCUCCUGCUCCACUCCGAUCAUCCCCACACCGACUCUCCCGUCACCCAACUCCUCCUUUACGAGUCUCAUCUCGCCGUACAGGACGCCGAUUUACGAACCCACGCCAAUACACCCGGCGCUGUCUCACCACGCCGCUGCCGCGCUGACUGCGACCUACGCCUCCUCCGGGGCUUUCGCCGGUUCCAUCUACCCGUUCCACCACCAGCACCACCGCUCCAUGGGGGAGUACGCACAGGCGCUGCUGAGACACGACCCUCUCGGGAAACCUCUGUUGUGGACCCCCUUCAUCCAGCGGCCUCUACACAAGAGAAAGGGCGGCCAGGUCCGGUUCUCUAACGACCAGACCAUCGAGCUGGAGAAGAAGUUUGAGACGCAGAAAUACCUGUCACCUCCGGAGAGGAAGAGACUGGCCAAGAUACUGCAGCUCAGCGAGAGACAGGUUAAAACCUGGUUCCAGAAUCGACGAGCGAAGUGGCGAAGACUAAAACAGGAGAAUCCUCAGGGAGGUAAGAGGGAGGUGGAGGAUGACAGCUCCACCGGGAAGAGUACUAAAGAAGACGACACCACAGAGGGGAUCCAGAGCCCGGAGCAGAGACGCUCAGCCCCGGCCUCCGAGCUGCAGGCGGGCCGCUGCGUGCUCUCCGCGUCACCGCAGCAUCAGCAGCCGCACACAGAGCUGGACUCUGACGUGUCUGAUGAUACCGACCAGGAGCUGGACAUAGAGGACGACGAUGAGUUUUCUCCGAAGCUGUGAACUACAGGCUCCACACUGACACGCUGGAUCCACUCGGACACUCGGAGCUGAGUGCUGAAGAUCAGUGGACUCCUCUGACUCUGGAGCCUGUUCACUCACUCACCUGCUGGAGUGUGUUCAAGCCACAGCGGCAGACAGGCCGAUAAACUAGUUCCUGCACUGCAAAAUCUGACAAGCUGAUUUCAAAAGAUUGCCUUGAAAAAAUUAAGUAAAUAUAACUUAUUAACCAAAAUG